CUUCCUCGCUGGUCCCUGCGCCACCACUCUCCGCGGCCUUGAGAGCUUCUCCGUCGCUGCUAGCAGGACCAACGCCUUUUCUCUUUCCUCUUCACAGCCUCUCUCCCUCCCUCCCUCCCUCCCUCCCUCCCCUUCCUUUCCGUGGCCAUUUGCCGCUGUUCACCUGUUCUUGCCGGUUACCACUUUUUCGGGCUACAAGCAACAGUGUUGAGCUCAGUUGUUACAGUUAUUGUCAUCAGCUCGCAGCAAAGCCUCCUGCUGCUUGUAGCAUCAGAGCUUAGAGACAGAGAGUGGCUUACUGGCUUGUGGUCUUGUUGCUGUAUCCAGUUGCUGCUGGUAGCAAGGAGAGCCUUCGAUCCGCUUGCAGCGGCCGGCCUCCCACUGCCCGAGCUUCCCAAUCGGCGGCCAGCCUUGAGCCUCCUCCAGUUCCCCUUCUCGCUUCCAUCCAAGAAGCGCUUCCACUUUUUUUCUUGGAAAAAAGCUUUGCCCUUUUCCCCUCCCUCAUCCGUUUGUUCCCUCCCCCCAAGAAGCUUGGAGCUAGCCGCUAGCGCCGUCGCGGCCCACCACUCGCGGGGUUCGGCGGAGCCUUGGUAGCACGCGCGCUGUCCGGAGCUCCAGGCAUGGCGGCAUUACGGCAGCUUGGCACGGCGGUGGAAGGAAAUUUCCAGGGGGCGGCCGGCGGGAUGGUGCCGCCGUCCCCGCGCGUCCUCGCCCCGAACGGCAGCGCGCCCAGGUCCCCUGCGGCGAGCCGUCGGGAGGAGGCGGCGGGCAACGGCGGAGGCAGCCCUGGCCUCGCCGCGCUCCGUCCCACUCCCGCCAAGCCGCCGCGCGGGAGCGGGAAGAAGCCGUUUGCCGCCCCAGCCGGCGGCGGCAAGCCCAGGAAGCGGGCGCCGCUCUGGCCGGCCGCCCUCUUCGUCUCCGUCGCCAUGAACGUCGGGCUCGUCCUCCACCACUACGUCAACAGCACAUCUCCUCCGCACCCCCCCCACCACCCCCCCCAGGAGCACCAGGCCUGCCUGAUGCAUCCAGAAGCUGCAGGCAGCAGCAGCGUCAGGAGAACGGCGACGCAGGAAGAGCCUGUGCCCAAGACCAGGGCUGCCGGGGCGCCGUCGACGGGCAAGCCGGCGGUGACGCCGGAGUCCGUGAUCAAUCUCGACCACGGUGACCCAACCAUGUUCGAGGAGUUCUGGCGCGGGACGGGGGCCGCCGCGGAGAUCGUCAUCCCGGGGUGGCAGACCAUGAGCUACUUCUCCGACGUCGGCAACGUGUGCUGGUUCCUGGAGCCCGGCCUCGACCACGAGGUGCGCCGGCUCCACCGCCUCGUCGGCAACGCCGCCGUGGACGGCUACCACGUCCUCGUCGGCACCGGCUCCACGCAGCUCUUCAUGGCGGCGCUCUACGCGCUGUCGCCGCCCGCCGGCGCGCCCAUGAGCGUGGUGUCCACGGCGCCAUACUACUCGUCCUACCCUGCCGUCACCGACUUCCUCCAGUCGGGGCUCUUCCGCUGGGCCGGCGACGCCAGCUCGUUCGAGGGCGACACCUACAUCGAGCUGGUGUGCUCCCCGAACAACCCCGACGGCACCAUCCGCGAAGCUGUACUCUCUUCCGAGUCCGGCGUGGCCGUGCACGACCUGGCGUACAACUGGCCGCAGUACACCCCGAUCACCAGGCGGGCCGACCACGACAUCAUGCUCUUCACCGUGUCCAAGAGCACAGGCCACGCCGGCACGAGGAUCGGGUGGGCGUUGGUGAAGGACCGCGACGUCGCGAAGAAGAUGACCAAGUUCAUCGAGCUCAACACCAUCGGCGUGUCCAAGGACUCGCAGCUGCGCGCCGCCAAGGUGCUCAGGGCGGUCUCCGACGCCUACGAGCUCCCGGGGGCGGGAGAAGAGCACCGCCUGUUCGACUACGGGCGGCGCAAGAUGGCGGAGCGCUGGAGCAUGCUGCGCGAGGCCGCCGCCGCGUCGGGCAUCUUCAGCCUGCCCGACGAGACCUCCGGCUACUGCAACUUCACCAAGGACAUGGCAUCCACUAACCCUGCGUUCGCGUGGCUGCGCUGCGACAGGGAGGACGUGGAGGACUGCGCGAGCUUCCUCCGGGGCCACAAGAUCCUGACGCGGAGCGGGAGCCAGUUCGGGGCGGACCCGAGGUACGUCCGGGUCAGCAUGCUGGACAGGGACGACGCCUACGACAUCUUCGUGAAGCGUCUCGCCUCCCUCAAGUGAGGUGAAGAGGACGAAGCAUGGAACGAUGCCGCCCCGCCGGCGCCGGCAGCGCAUGCCCGUGGGAGCAUGAGUAGAGAGCAGCAGUAUCGGUAGAGUAUAGGAAGAAGCAGAAGAGGGAGCAACGUUUUGUUUUGCUUUUCCUUCUGCGGUGUGCUGUGUUGUUGGCGAUGCGUGUCGCAUCGUCUCAAAAAUUCUUAUAAAGGUUUCAAAUUUUUUCUCGCUAA